AUGGCCACCCCGGAGGAAGAGAGUGAGUUCCACCUCAUAUCGGUUAACAGCCGCGCAUGUGAAGAUAUUCUGAACUCCGUGAAGAAGAGGAGCCGCUGCGAGGAAAUAAACAAAAAGGCAGUAUCCUUCGAGAGCAGGGUGCUGCCGAAGAACAGCGUAGGGGAGGAGGCGGAGCAGGAUGGUACCCCAGGGGAAGACGGAACAUAUGCGGUAAAAAUCCCAUCGUUAGAAAAAAUAAAAAAAAAUGACAGUCUAUUUUUGAGAAAAAAAAAAUCAUGCAUAUAUAACGAGACCAAGUACAAUAAAUUUGUGGAAGCAUUCAAACAACAGGAAUUAAAAAAAAUAAAAAAAUUUCAUCAUGUGUACAAAUGGAAAGUAGCAUUGGUAAUUUUGCUCGUGUUAGCCAUUUGCUUCACCAUGAUUGGCAUUUUCAUUUAUUAUGAGUCAAGUCACGUAAUUGAAGUAAACAUAGAGUAUGACUCAGGGGACACGACAAAAACGUUUUCAGUAAAACACCCCAUGAAGCAACCAGUGUAUGUAUAUUAUAAAAUAAGUAAUUUCUACAGCAACUUUAAAAAUUUCCUUUCAGAUGAAUCGCAGGCAUUGGUUAAGGAUAUCAGGUGUAAAUAUAUAAAGACAUUUGAGGACAUAUAUAGAUAUAGGUGUGUUAAUAAUAUUCAAACCCUUCCUGAAGUGAAUAACGAUUUUGGUGUUACAGGUUUGGGUACAAAUUCAAAAACGUUAAGAAGCAACGAAUCAUGUGAUGUGAAUUCCCUGUCCCCAGAACAAAGACGGAGGAAAAUUUUUCCAUGUGGUUUAGUAUCGGCUUCCAUUUUUAAUGACAAAAUUAAACUUUCCCUGAACAGAAAAAUUUUCAUCAUUGAUAAAUUUCCCAUAUUAAAUUAUUACGACUUUUUUUCGUAUAUAAAAAAGCAUAAAAAAUAUGCCUCCGAUUAUAGGGUAUGGAUUAAUACCUUUUCUCCUGAUUACAAGAAUUGGUUUCAUCCUCCUAUGACUUCUUCCUUUAUUAAGCCUUAUGGAGUAAUAUUUGAAGACUUACAGCCUGGGGACAGUUAUAAAAUUGAGUUCACACAAAAUACGUGGCCUGCAAAACACUGGAAGGCAAAGAAAUCAUUUCAGUUGGUGUCUUUGCGAGCUGUGGGGAAUAGCGCAUACGAAUUAGCCUACUCCUUUUUCCUCCUAGCAAUAAUUUACCUCAUUGUCAUAAUCGUUAUGCUACUUUUAGUCAAAUCAGGAUACUACAAAUUGGGCAAAACAUUUUCCUAUUGUAAAAUGUCCACUGUUAAUAAUGUCACUGAGCAAACUUUUUUUCGAAAAAAGUCCAGCCUGAAGAAAAUGGCGGAAGCAGCAGCCAGGGCUGCUGCGGCAGAACCGACGCGCCCGGCGAAGGGGGGAGCAGGGGCCUCCCAGGUAGAACCCGAUGGCAAACGCAAGAAGGGAAGUUCCUACGAGCGCGUCCCCAGGGCUGUUGGGAGCUGUCCACAGGUGUGUCUGUGCCCCCUGCACUAG